AUGAUGGGCCGACAACAGCGAUCGUCGAUCUAUGACGCAUUUCCAGCGAUGUGCCUGAUCGUGACGAUUUGCCUCGUAGCGUCGACGACCACCUCAAGAACGACUACGACGACGACCGCCGCCGGCGCCGACUCAUCGUUGGUCGCACGCGACCGGAUACCGGGUAGUCGUACGACCCGGACUACCGCGGUCGCCGACCACAACCUGCACAGGCACCGUCGGUACAUCAUAUUGACGCCCGUGCGGCAACAACAGCAGUCUUUGUGGGUAAAAUCGCAAAAACCACUCGUCCGUAUGCGGACGUUCGACCAGAAGUACGGUAAGCUGUUUCCAUACAAUACGCGAAAGAUUGACCGCAACAACCGCUUAUGA